AUGGAUGCAGCACUAUUUCCAGUGGGAACGAACGCCUCCUCUCAUGGUAUUUCUGGCCUUGAUGCGAACUCGUAUACUGCUCACAAGCUGAAGCAUGCAACCCCAGAGCAUCUACACCUCACGACCCGCCGCUUCUUUAUUGGUCCAAUACCAGAAGGAUGGCUGAGCAGCAACCGCAAGUCAUGGUAUAAGAGGAGGCUCGAGCUGAACUCUUAUUCUUCCAAGGCUGCAACUUUCCAUGCUGCUGCGGGUCAGGCACAUCACCAAAGAAGCAGGACUGGAUUAGAUCGCUCAGCAGCCGCACGUUUGAGUAUAAGCUUUCCACAACCGGAGGAUGUUGAGGACUCAAGAAGUGAAAGAGGCGAUGGGAUAGAUUCUGCUCAGGAAGAUGACGAGUAUGGCCUGGAAGAUACAGUCGAGAUGGAGCCAGUGUCAACUCUCGACCAGAACGCGUUCAGUGAUGGGGAAACAGAAUCCCAAUUGCCAGAAACUCCACUGGAUCCUUCGAGACCACCUGCCUUGCACAAUCUUGAUGGCGCCUCUGCUGGCUCGUUGCAGGAAGAUGUCUUCGUUACACCUGCGCCAUCUCCGCAAGUCAGAAGAGAAGGUGAAUCAGGCAUAGACAUACAAGAAAUACCACCUGAAUCAGAUUUAGCAACCCGACCUAGCACAGAUGCCAACUUCUCAGACACGCUACGGACAUCUGCCUCAGUCACUGGCGGUUCUUCCUUCCGCCAAUAUGGGUUGACUGCCCGGCAGGACAGCAUUGAAGCCGGUAGUAGGACGGCUUUGCUCGCUCCUGCUAAGCCGGAAGACGAGCCAUCACCUUCAAGAAAAGAUAAAAACGCGCUCGACAAGCACGACCCGCGUCCUGUCACUCAAAAAUCCGACGAGCACCACCUUCAGAAGGAUCGAUCAGCAGGAGUGCGUUUCAGGGUUGGUGAAGCCGUGGCAGAUAGAGGAAGACGGGUUGGCAAAAGAGCAGACAACGCGAAAAAUAAGGUCGGACGCAGAAUUGCACGAAGACAGACCCUCCAGGAAGGUAUCAUUGUGAAAAUGGAAAAAAUGCUCGUCAGAGUCGACACGACCUUACAACAGGUGCCUGCUGAAUACGAUGAGAACGAUAGCAUGAGGAUGGCGACUAAAGUAGUAGAAAAGUGGAGGGAAUUCAUGGUGGUGGCAAGAAAGAGUCGAAGAGACGACGAAGAGGACUUUCGCCUGCAAUUCUACAAGACUCGGGUCAUUCCUGAAAUCGAUGACAAUUCAGGCAAGAAGAAGCCUACGCGGGAGAUCAAGCUCAUCCGCAAAUCGACUCAUGUCAAUCUGUUCUCCUCUCUAGACAAAUCCUUGGUUGUAUGGCAUCCUUGUAGAAAAGGCACUAGGAUCACAGUCAUGAAAUGUGAGUCGGCCGCUACUUCUGUCGAAUGGUACACUUUCCUCAGAGACGCGCUUGGCUGGAAACGGCCCGACACUUUGCAAGUCUCGGUCCCAGGUUUGGACGUUACACUGCAGAUCGAGAAGCCUUUCGACGACCUCGUCAAAGCCGGUCGAGACGCUCGAGACGCUCAAGACGAAGAGACAGCUCUGGCAAAGGCUGAGGAAGCAGAACAAGCCAUUGCCGGCAGGAUCGUCAACCAGUGUACAGAUAUGCUUCGCAAAAAUCCCGAGUGGUCAGACAUUGUCCAAAAGUGGUCAGCUACCUCGAAACCUGGGCUGGCAUGGAAAAGGUAUGAUCGGCUUGAAUGGAUACAUGGCGUAAAUGAACAAAAGAUGUACGGCUCUAUGGCAAUGCAGCAUUCUUAUGAGCUCGAACUGCGACCUAAAGUACAUUAUCCUCAAACUGCCACAGGCAAUAAUGGCAGGGAGCACGAGGAGCCUGCACCAAUCGAGGGGUUCUUGAUACGGAUGACCUCACAGAAGGGUAUUCACAAGCGUCUUGGGAAGACUUUCUUCAAAAGAUUGUACUUCUCUACUCAUGAUCAGUUUCUAAUAUUCAGUCGUCCAGCCCAAGCGACACCACCACAUCCACCAAGGCUGCAGACUACAAGUGGCGCUGAUGUACCUUCAGCACGAGAGAUCGUCGAAAAGACACCGAUCAUGUUCGAUAUUGAUCCAUAUCCUCUCAACACCUCACAAACAGAAGUUGAAUGGCUUGCUUCCGGUAUCCCAGAUAGCGUACAACGUCAUGACAGAGAAGCUCUUGAAGAAGCUCGCCGGAAUCAUGCCAACCUUGACUCUUCUGAUGGCUAUAUCAAUAUGACUCGUAUCAGGACGGUUCGCCAGAUGCGAUGGGGUACCGACGAAGUAGACGAUACAAUCGAUUCAGGCCCUGACGUCGACUUUCAUGAGUCAGUACCAGAUACAGUCACUCCUGAUGGUGCCACUUCGAACAUAGACGACAACCGAAUAUUCGAACUCAUCCUUGAUAAUAGCCUUGUGAUCCGUCUCCAGGCUUACGACAACCGGACGCGUGAUGAAUGGAUUCGACGACUUAAGCAGUUAGUCAAGUACUGGAAAAUCCGCAAAACAGCAGACAUGAACACCUUCAAACAGGUCAGAGCUACAAAUCUGACCACUCUUAAGAUAGACGAGGAUGUGGAAGCUGAACUGGGUCAAUUCGGACACAAAUGGGAGGUCACUCGUUCCGAAGCUUCACCACAAUUGUACAAUAUCUGCUCCAUUUCGAACUGUCGUACAAUCUCCCUGUCUGGCCUUCUCUACCGCAAAGCUCGUCGGCAUGGCACUUUUCAAAGAUGUGGUGUAGUGUUGGCAGGUGGCAAGAUGCUGAUAUAUCAAUCAACUCUACGCACAUCGUCCGGCAAGCAGGUGCCGAACAUACAUCAAGAAAAGCAGGAGGCAAUCGAUCUGCGGGGCUGUUACAUCUACAGCGGCUUGAUAGUAGACGAUGACUUGCUCUACCAAAACCGGACAUUCGAUGCCAAUCACAUUGGGACUAUGGCUUCGUUGCCUAGAGUCUGGACUGAAGACGGCUGGACCAGUACAGACGUUGAUGUGAUGUGCUGUUUCGUGGUCUGGAUGAACACCCGGAAGGGUUGGUUCAGAACUGCGGGUAACACGAUAUUUGGCAGAGAGAACAACCCUUCAAAUGCCACUGACGACACCAAUACUGCCAAUAAUGAGAGCAGCCUAGGCAAGCAGCGAGCUAAGCUGAAGAGGGUCAAACAGCUUGGUGUGCCUGGACGUGGCAUAGUGUUCAAGUGCAGAUCUCGUGCUGAAAGGAAUCUUUGGGUGUUGAACCUGAACAUUGAGCUUGAGAGACUGGUUGCCAGGCAAAAGUGGGAAGCUGAAGCUGAAGGAGGUGAGGUCAGGUUGGCUGGAUAG